AAAAUCACUAAUACUCUGCUCUUACCAUAAUACCAAAUCUUUGUGACUUACACUUUUGGUGCUGCAACACUGGAAGAAUUGCACACAGGUUCCAGGAAUACCGGUUUUCAUUUGAAUGAUUAUCUACGGAUGGAAAAAGAGUUGAGGCUUAAUCAUUACUCUAUUUUAAAGCUGUUUCUCAGUAGUCUGAACUGCUUAAUAAAUUGGGCCACUUAACCAAUGAGCCACGUGGCCAGUUCUUGUCAAGAGCUGGUAGAAAAUUGCACUGUUCAUGUAGCAGGGAUGGCACAAGAAGAUAGCCGUCGCAGUCAAGUGCCAUCUACCUUUUAUCAUGGUGCCAACCAAGAGCUCGACCUGUCCACCAAAGUGUACAAAAGGGAAUCAGGAAGUCCUUAUUCUGUGCUAGUGGACACCAAGAUGAGCAAGCCACAUCUUCACGAAGCAGAAGAACAGCCUUAUUUCAGAGAGACAAGAUCGGUGUCUGAUGUGCAUGCAGUUAAAGAAGACCAGGAGAAUUCUGAUGACACAGAAGAAGAGGAGGAAGAAGAGGAGGAGGAGGAAGAGGAAGAGGAGGAGGAGGAGGAAGUCUCUUACAAAAGGGAGCAGAUCAUAGUGGAGGUAAACCUUAAUAAUCAAACGUUAAAUGUAUCUAAAGGGGAAAAGGGUGUCUCUUCUCAGUCCAAAGAGACUCCUGUUGUUAAGACAAGCAGUGAGGACGAGGAGGAGGAGAGUGAGGACACCACGGACAACAGCACUGAGUAUGGGGAGAAUGAAGAGCAGAAGGAAAAGGAGAAGACAGUGGAGAAAGCCAGUGUUGCUCAAAGGAGAACGAGGAGAGCCGCCUCUGUGGCUGCAGCUACCCCUUCCCCCACACCCCGCACGACGAGGGGCCGGAGGAAGAGUGUGGAACCGCCCAAGCGUAAGAAGAGGGCCACGAAGGAGCCCAAAGCACCAGUCCAGAAAGCAAAGUGUGAAGAGAAAGAGACUCUAACUUGCGAGAAGUGCCCCAGGGUGUUUAAUACCCGCUGGUACCUGGAGAAGCACAUGAACGUUACUCAUAGGCGCAUGCAGAUUUGUGAUAAAUGUGGCAAGAAGUUUGUUCUGGAAAGUGAGCUGUCCCUUCACCAGCAAACAGACUGUGAAAAAAAUAUUCAGUGUGUCUCCUGUAACAAAUCGUUCAAGAAACUCUGGUCCCUUCAUGAACAUAUCAAGAUCGUCCAUGGCUAUGCAGAGAAGAAAUUCUCCUGUGAAAUUUGUGAGAAGAAAUUCUAUACCAUGGCUCAUGUGCGGAAACAUAUGGUUGCACACACAAAAGACAUGCCAUUUACAUGCGAAACCUGUGGAAAAUCGUUUAAACGCAGCAUGUCACUCAAGGUGCACUCCUUGCAGCAUUCUGGAGAGAAGCCCUUCAGAUGCGAGAACUGUGACGAGAGGUUUCAGUACAAGUACCAGCUCCGUUCCCACAUGAGCAUCCACAUUGGGCACAAACAGUUCAUGUGCCAGUGGUGUGGCAAGGAUUUCAACAUGAAGCAGUACUUCGACGAACACAUGAAAACACACACUGGAGAGAAACCCUUUAUCUGUGAAAUCUGUGGCAAAAGCUUCACCAGCCGCCCCAACAUGAAGAGGCACCGCAGAACUCACACAGGCGAGAAGCCCUACCCGUGCGAUGUGUGUGGCCAGCGGUUUCGCUUCUCCAACAUGCUUAAGGCCCACAAGGAGAAGUGCUUCCGGGUGACCAGCCCUGUGAAUGUGCCGCCUGCUGUCCAGAUCCCCCUUACAACGUCCCCAGCCACCCCAGUCCCUUCUGUGGUGAAUACACCCACAACCCCAACCCCUCCAAUCAACAUGAACCCUGUAAGCACUCUUCCCCCCCGGCCCAUUCCCCACCCUUUCUCCCACCUUCACAUCCACCCACAUCCUCACCACCCACACCACCUCCCUAUCCCUCCAGUCCCUCACCUACCCCCACCUCCAGCCCUCUUUAAGAGCGAGCCUUUAAACCAUAGAGGCCAGAGUGAGGACAGCUUUCUGCGGCACUUGGCAGAGAAGAACAGUUCAACACAGCACCAUUAGCAUCCAUCUCCCCCGUGUCUCUGGGGGUUGGGGCCCCACCAGUGAGUAUGCCAGGAGGGAGUUGGUGAGCCGUCCACUCGCUAGCAGACUUUCCUCAGCCCCCACCAAGAGCGAGCGUUGGCCUUGUCUUGGUGAGUCAGCGGCUUCAAGGGAAUGGAUGCAAACAGGACCUCGAGCUCACAGAGGGAGCGGUCAUCUCAACCAGGGGAACCACCGGACUAAAGCCCAAUGUGCUUGCAUUUUCUGGUGACUUUUAUAGAUUUCAAAUACUCAGACUUAUGGAAUUUUAUAAUUUCAUAUCAACUGAUGAGGUAUAUGCUUGCUUUUAUAUCCUGGACUUCUCCUCAAAGAGGGGAUAGGCCUGGUUUCCUUUGUACUAAUCGGGAAGGCUGUGAGAUUAAUCCAGAGCAUUAAUUGUAUCACUGUGUAUGGUAAGGAAUUACUUUCAGCUUUCGGUGCUGGCUGUAGUGUCGAGCUGGCCACGUAUCACAGUAUAUCAAGCAUUAUAGAGAAAGACAGAUUUUCUUCUUUGUGUAGCUCUCCUAAUGCACUCUUUAUUUUACUACAGAAAUUAUUUUAGAGUUUUUGUAUAGACUUCUUUAGUAGUCUGUUUCUACAAUGAAAUGUAUUUCAAUAAGCAGUGUAAUUUUUUCAGUGUAGCUGAACCUAUGUUGUAAAAUAGAAAAAAUUUUAUAAUCAUCAAAAGGUGAUUCUUAAAGAUGCAUAUAAACUCCUAUAGUUCAGAGUUAUUCUUACAUCCGUACAACUCAAAGGUGCUUCAGAGGCGAGAUGUAUCUCAGAGGGUCUCCAGACUAGGUUCGUAGGAAAAUGAGGUUUGGCUUUCAGACUUAGCAGGAGUUCUUGGUAGAUUUGAUUCUGUGCUUAACACUGAAAUGCCUGCUUGGCCCCUGGCACGCUCCUGCUGUCCACGCUUCAUUCAGUUCAGUUCAUGUGGUAAAUGUCGUUAUUUGCAGAGGGCUGGACCUUCUUCCAGAGCAGUCACCCACACGUUUGCAGUUCAGCGCCAGAGGACGAAGUCGUGGAGUUAGUCUCGUGCCACUCACAUCUGUGGCUCAGUUCGCUCAGGAGCUGUGUUCACGGUUAACCUAAUAUGGGAGGAUGAGUCUCACUGUGAGGCGACUCUGUUUUUAUUUUCUUUCUUUUUUUUUAAGUGUUGUUACAGGAGGAUAAAAUAAUAAACUAAAAUCACAAACAUGAUGUUUGUGGCUGGAGAGAAAUUAGGUGAGAAGAACACAAAUUGGACACACGUUGUCAGAUAUCAGUUACAUCCCUGGAUAGACCCAUAACUUUGAGCUACACUAACCCAGUUUAAACCUUAGUGAAGGAAAAUUCCUAAUCCCGCCGCUCUGCCCUCUGCAAAUGAUCCUGUUACUCGUGACUGUUAACCAGAGCAGCCAGACAGGCUAACGUGUCAGGUUGAGGGACUGGGGAAGAGAAUGAUCAGACUGGAGCGGCUGGAGGAAAGGCUGGACUCGAGAGCUGACAUACUGGCUCUACUGAGCUGGUCGACUCCACGCACACAGGGCUUCAUGCAGCUAGCAGUUUUGCAUUUCUUCUUCUCCUCAGGACUGAGUGCUAAGGCGCGGUCUGCUUUCUCUUUCCUUUUCCAUUUUUGAUCUCCAAACCCCUCCUUUGCUCUUUACUUCCCCUCCCCUCGGCCUCAUAAAUCCUUGCCUGACUCGGCAUCCUGAGUUGUAUUUAUUUUUGUUGUAACUGGUAGUAUUAAAUGUGCAGGUAUGCCUCAAG